AUGUAGAAGUAGAAUAAAUAGUUUAAGAACAGUGGAUUUUCUCCUAUAGAAUAAACAAUCAGUAACACAUAGCAAGAUGUUCUAUUAUCACCUACUGGCUAAGUUAAUAGUAGAUAAAUAUUUCAGUAAAUAAAUGAAAAUAAUCUAAUUUUGCAGUUGAAUUAAAAUUUUAAAAAAUAAGAGUUUGAUAUCUCUAAAAAAAAUUCAAUAAAUUCAAACUUAUCAGCAUGCUUUAGAGCAACAUAAACCACAUAUUUCACUGAAAAAAAUGAAUAGAAUGAUGUUUCUGUAAAGUCUGCAUUUCAAAAAUUCACUUCUAAAGCUAAAAAGUUAGAUUUUUCAAAAUAAUUGUCAUAAAGAAAUAAAAAGGAUGUCAAAUUCUUCUAAAUGAUAGAUUAAGGGUUUAUAAAAUUGAAAGAAAGUUAAUCAGUAAACCCAUAAGAGUCUCCUUUAUUAUCUCCAUAAUAAAAUAGUGGCUUUUUUACUUCUAGAAGAUCUAAUUCAAGAAAUAAAAUACCUCAAUAAAAGCACAAUUAUGCUUUAAUAAGCCCUUGCUAAUCCAAUUGUGAAAUGAAUAACUAAUCAAUCAAAUAUUAGACCACAAACAACCCAUCAUAAGUAAUCCAAUAAAGCCAAGUUAGUAUACAAUCUCCUCGCUCUAAAAACUUAAAACAGACUAGUUAAUAAUCUAGAGUUUUGAAUAAGCAGGCAUCUGCUACAUCUAUUGUAAGCUAAACGAACUAAGUUUCUUCAGUAAACAGUGAUUAAGUACUUAAAAAAACUCCAUUUACAAAUAUUUGCAAAUAAAUUUAAAUAAGUAUGCAAUAAAUGCAGAAGAAACUGAGGAGUAAAGUUUAAUUUUUUAAUCACUUUAGUAAGCUCCUUGAAUCUAAGUCCUAAUACUUAUAAAAUAUAUUUUUAGUUCAUGAAAACAAGGAAGUAAUAUAAGAUCCUAUUGCUUUGGAUAAAGCUCUAGUUUCAGUAAUAAAUGGAUCUGAAUACCGCUCAUCUACUUUUUUAUAGAGAGGUUUGAUAAAGAGUUUAUUACUAGAGCUUAAUAUCUUAAAUAAAGAAGUCUUUGAUGCUUAUCUAAACUAGUCUAAAUAAGAAAUUAAUAACUUAUAAGAAAGGAUAAAGUAUGAAAGAGGAGAAGUGGAAUAUUUAACUUCUCGAAUGGUUGCUAAGCACUAUCCUAAUUUUGAAAAAAAGGCUACUCUAUUCAAUAUAUUAUCUCAUCACAGUAUGCCUGUAACAUACAACAAAGAAAAAUAUGAUUUUAUGGAAGGAAAACUUGGUAAGUUUAACUUAAUAUCUUAAGAAAAUAGAUAUGUUUGCUCUGAGAUAGAGAAGAUCAUAUGUAACUUAAAUGAAAUUAACUACUCAAACAACAAUCCCUUUAGAAAUGUGAUUUGGUGA